AUGUCUGAUCUACCUGUGCAGGGACGGAAGGUCUUCAAGGUUUUCAACCAGGACUUCAUUGUUGAUGACCGCUAUACUGUGACCAAGGAGCUGGGUCAGGGCGCUUACGGUAUUGUUUGCGCCGCUACGAAUGUCCAAACCGGGGAAGGCGUUGCCGUCAAGAAGGUUACCAAUGUCUUCAGCAAGAAGAUCUUGGCCAAGCGCGCCUUGAGGGAAAUCAAGCUGCUUCAGCACUUCAGAGGCCACCGAAACAUUACUUGCCUCUAUGAUAUGGAUAUUCCCCGACCGGACAACUUCAAUGAGACAUACCUGUACGAAGAGCUCAUGGAGUGUGAUUUGGCUGCUAUUAUCCGCUCUGGGCAGCCAUUGACCGAUGCGCACUACCAAUCCUUCAUAUACCAGAUCCUUUGUGGACUCAAGUAUAUCCACUCCGCCAACGUCCUCCACAGAGAUCUGAAGCCCGGAAACUUGCUGGUCAAUGCGGACUGUGAGCUCAAGAUCUGUGAUUUCGGUUUGGCUCGUGGUUUCUCAAUCGACCCUGAGGAAAAUGCGGGUUACAUGACCGAAUAUGUUGCGACAAGAUGGUACCGUGCUCCGGAGAUCAUGUUAAGUUUCCAGAGCUACACGAAAGCUAUCGAUGUGUGGUCCGUGGGCUGUAUUCUAGCAGAGCUACUGGGUGGUCGCCCCUUCUUCAAGGGUCGCGACUACGUUGACCAGCUCAACCAGAUCUUGCACUACCUGGGCACACCCAAUGAAGAGACACUGAGCCGCAUUGGCUCACCACGUGCGCAGGAUUACGUGCGUAACUUGCCCUUCAUGCCUAAGGUUCCCUUCCAGCGCCUGUUUCCCAACGCCAACCCCGAUGCUCUCGACCUGCUCGACCGCAUGCUCGCGUUCGAUCCCUCGUCACGUAUCUCGGUGGAAGAUGCCUUGGAGCACCCUUACCUAGCAAUCUGGCACGAUGCCUCCGACGAGCCCAGCUGUCCUACCACCUUUGACUUCCACUUCGAGGUUGUCGACGACGUGCAGGAGAUGCGCCGCAUGAUAUACGAUGAAGUCGUCCGUUUCCGCCAGUCAGUGCGCAUGCCCACUCAGGCGCAAUCCCUGGCUCAGCAGCAGCAAAUAGCCAACAUUCCCAUUCCCGAGCACCAACAGGGGGUAUGGCGACAAGAAGAGCCUAGGCCUCAAGAAGCAGGCGCCGCAGGCGGCACCCAUAACGAUCUGGAAUCGUCGUUGCAGCGGGGGAUGGAUGCGUGA